UAUCCUAGUAUUAGGAGAGUAGGAGCUUAGGAGGAUUUGGCGCUUUGGAGAUAAAAUUCCCGCUCGGUUGUGAAGAAGGGUAAAGUGACGACUCUUUGCGGGGAAUUUGAAGUCAGAAUUUCAGCCCUUGACUGCGAAUUCCCCUGUCACUCUAGUUUGCUAAACCAUUUUUGGCUGUGCAUCCAAUUUCACAAGAGAAAAACAAAACCCUAGAUUUUUGGGGGAAAUUCAGAAUGGAUGCCAAGGACAUCUUGGGUUUGCCCAAAACCACGCAUCCCCUAUCGCAGGAGAAGAAAUCGCGACCCCCCAAGGAGUCUCAGCGCAAACCCGAUGGCAUUUCACGCGAGGUCUAUGCCCUAAUUGGCGGUGUGCCGCCUCUCAUGCCUGCAAUUGAGCCCUCGCAGCUCAAAAAACGCCCUCCAUCAGAUGAGAAGAUCACUUGGCAGUGGCUUCCUUUUACGAAUUCUGCUCGGAAAGAUGACUUGCAGCUUUACCAUUGGGUUAGAGUUGUCAAUGGUGCCCCACCUACUGGUGACUACUCCUUUGCCAAGUAUAACAAGUCUGUCGAUAUUAUCAAAUACACUGACGAGGAGUAUGAUAAGUAUUUGACUGAUCCUAUUUGGACAAAAGAGGAGACCGAUCAGUUGUUUGACUUGUGUCAACAGUUUGAUCUCCGCUUCAUUGUGAUAGCAGACAGGUUCCCAUCAUCUCGUACUGUGGAGGAAUUAAAGGAUCGAUAUUACAGCGUCUCUCGACAUAUAUUAAUUGCUAGAGCAGCAUCGCCCGCAGAUGUAUCAGGGCACCCUCUUGUUAAGGAACCGUACAAAGUUACACAAGAGAAAGAGCGCAAGAGAGCACUGUCCAUGGUCCUUUCUCAAACAAAAAAUCAAGAGCGAAAAGAUGCAGAGGUUCUUGCUGAAGCCAAGAGAAUAGCCGAGUCACGUGCACGCAUGGUUGCAAGGAGUGCUAGAGAGUUGGAGUUGCCUGUCACAUUCAAUGAUGAGAGGGGUAUUGUUCCUGGUGAAAGUAUAUCACCAUUAUCCAGCACUGUUGCACCUUCAACUUCGAUGGAUAAUACUUCGACUCUAGGCACUCUUCGCUUGCUUCGAGUGUAUCUUAGAACGUACGCACUUGACCAGAUGAUCAUAGCUGCAAGCUCUUCUGCUGGACUUCGGACUAUCAAGCGUGUCGAGCAAAGUUUACAAGAACUUGGGGUUAAUUUAAAACCAAGAGUUCCAACUAAAGCUGUUUGUUCGGAGCAUCUUGAAUUAAGAAAAGAAAUACUGACUCUAUUGAAUCUUCAGAAAGAGUUGCAAUAUAAGGAGGCAGAUGGUUCAUCUUAUCGUGACAGUACUUACGAAACACCAGGCACACCGAAGGAUCGCACUUUUGUUCCCGACUCAAUGAUGUUUGGAGGUGAAAGAGUUGUUAAACGAGAUCAGAAGCGCAAGGGACCUGGUAGGGUGUCAGAAGCUCCUUCAUCACCUGCGCAGUCUAAAAGGCCAAGAAAGUUAAAGGCAACGGAUCUGUAAUUUCAGAACAAGCACAUCAGCUCCAGUUGGGUGGAAUGGAGGAUGCAUAAAUUAAAUUAUGGUGAUGAAGUUUUAAAAGUUGGAGCUAUAAAUCGGAGAACAUGCUAUCUGUUCCAUCUUUCAUGUGUUUCAUAGUUAGCUGUAACUAGCGACGCAGAUCCAGUGAAUCUGCUAUAUGGACUUGCCUAGAAGGUAAGUUAUGAGUUGGCUCAUCCUUUUAACAGCACCGAAUUAUGUGCAUGUCACAAGUGGAAGUCGAUUUGCUGGUAGGAAACUUUAGAUUAUGUGUAGUAGUUAGUCAGAAACAUGAGCACUAAGCUGACUCUUUUACUUGUUUAUUUAUUUAUUUUCUUUUUAAUUAUACGAGCUGAACUUUGGUUGUGUAGAAGGUUUCAUAUUUUCUCCUGUGAUGAGAAAUGCUGAUGAAUGUUAUAUUUAUACAAGAAAACAUUCUGUAUAACAUGUACUUUGCUAUCAGUCAGGUUGUGCUGUACA